AGAUAAAGCGACGGACACACAAAGAGAGCGCAUUAAUCUUAAUAGAGUAUUGCUAUUCGUUUAAUUACUACUAAGCCCUCUAAUAAUAGUAAUAAUGACUGAAUAAAAGAGAGAAAUAGCAAGGAAGGGAAAGAGAGAGCAUAGGAAAUGGCGAAGAAAAAAGAGGAAGAAGUAGCAGCAGCAGCAGCUCUCCUCUUCAUGAGUUCUCACAACUUUCUCUCUCUAGAUCUCUAAAAAUCAAUUCUUACCCACUUUCUCUUUCUAUAUAUACAUAGCCCAUAUAUAUGUAGUGAUGAACAUGAAAGUGUAGGGAUCUGCUGCUAGGGAUACACUUUGCUCUUAUUACCUCAAAUUUUGUUGGAUUAUGAGAUAAGAGUAUACACUCUUGACUGUAGCUGUUAGAAAAGAGAUUGUUAUCUUGUUACACCAUCAGCUUUGGUAUUUGUUGUACUACAAACAUGAACAUGAAUCAUCUGACUGUUGAAACUGAAGAUGCUUUUGCUAGUUUGCUUGAAUUUGCAGCCAACAAUGAUAUAGAGGCAUUUAAAAGUUGGAUGGAGCGUGAUAUAUCUGGUAUUCAUGAGGUUGGACUGUGGUAUGGGCGCCAAAAGGGCUCAAAGCAAAUGGUUCUCGAGCAUAGAACUCCUUUGAUGGUUGCUGCUAUGUAUGGUAGUGUUGAUGUUUUAAAACUGAUUCUUUCUCUACCUGGAGUUGAUGUAAAUCAUUCUUGUAGCCGUGAUAAUAGCACUGCCCUUCAUUGUGCUGCCUCUGGUGGAUCUUUGAAUGCUGUUGAUGCUGUCAAACUUCUUGUAGAAGCUGGUGCUGACCCAAACAUAAAAAAUACCAAUGGCCAUCGCCCUCUUGAUGUUAUAGUUAUUUCUCCCAAGUUUCACACCAUGAAAUCUUGCCUAGAAAAUCUGCUCAAGACUGAUGCUACCGAAGACUGCAACCUAAGGGUGUCUAUGGCCACAUCAAGCUCAAAUUCUCCACCACUUUCGCCUUCUCCUGGAAAUAGAUCAUCAUCUUCUGCUUCAGACACAACUUCUUCCCCGAGGAGUGCAAAAUCUAGUGAUCUCCCUGUGCCGUUUACUUCAGAGAAGAAAGAAUACCCUAUUGAUCCCUCCAUGCCUGACAUAAAAAACAGCAUCUACUCCACAGAUGAGUUCAGGAUGUUCUCAUUUAAGAUCAAGCCUUGCUCUCGUGCAUACUCCCAUGAUUGGACUGAAUGUCCAUUUGUCCAUCCAGGUGAAAACGCUCGAAGAAGAGAUCCAAGAAAGUACCACUACAGCUGUGUACCUUGCCCUGAGUUUCGCAAGGGAGCUUGUCGACGAGGGGAUAUGUGUGAAUAUGCUCACGGGGUUUUUGAGUGUUGGUUGCAUCCUGCUCAAUAUCGAACUCGGCUUUGCAAAGAUGGUACAAACUGCGAUAGAAGGGUUUGUUUCUUUGCCCACAUGCAGGAGGAACUCAGGCCACUGUAUGUCUCUGCUGGUUCUGCUGUUCCUUCACCUCGAUCAAAUACUUCUGCUGCCAAUGCCUUGGAUUUCGCCGCUGCGAUGGGCCUCAUACCAGGUUCUCCUUCCUCAGUAUCUGUUAUGCCCCCAUCACCUUUCACUCCUCCAAUGUCUCCCUCGGCUAAUGGCAUUUCGAACAUUGGUUGGCCCCAGCAAAAUGUACCAGCGUUGCAUCUUCCUGGCAGCAAUCUUCAGUCCAGUCGCUUGCGCUCAUCACUCAAUGCAAGAGACAUCCCUGCCGAAGAUAUGACUAUGUUGUCAGAUUUUGAUGUGCAACAAAAGCAGCUACUGUAUGAAUUGUCAUGCCUAUCCCACUCCAGCAUGAAUGCUAAUUCUUUUAGCCAUUCAGUUCGUCCUAGGACCUUAACCCCUUCUAAUCUCGAGGAUUCAUUCUCCGCUGAGAGCUCAUCUCCAAGAUAUUCCGAUCACUCAUUACCUCAAGCUGUUUUUUCCCCUACCCACAAGUCUAUAGGUUUCAAUCAAUUCCAGCAGCAGCAGGCGACGUUAUCUCCAAUUAAUACAAGGUUUUCACCAAAAACUGUCGAAAGUCCUCUAUUGCAGGGCUCUUUUGGAGUUCCGCCAAUGCGGAAUAUGUCUCCCCGAGGGAUGGAACCAAUCUCACCAAUGAGUUCCCGUGCCUCAAUACUUUCUCAGAGUGACAAGCAGCAGCAAUUUAGGAGUCUCAGCUCACGUGAUCUUGGCUCCAGUGCCUCUGCCAUUGUUGGCUCUCCAGCAGAUACUUGGUCGAACUGGGGUACAGCUACGGGACAGCCAGACUGGGCUGUCAAUACUGAGGAGUUUGGUAGGCUAAGGAGAUCAUCAUCAUUUGAACUUGCCAACAGUGGAGAAGAGCCUGAUCUAUCAUGGGUUCAAUCUCUUGUCAAAGAAUCACCACAGGAAGUUAAGGACAAAUCUGCAUCUCGCGUAUCAGGCCUUACAAAUGCUGGUGCAGAUAUCAGAGAAGCCUCAACAUCAAGUUCCCAGAUUGGACAAUUCGAUCAACUGGGCGCAUGGAUGGAGCAAAUGAAGCUUGAUCAGCUAAUACCUCAGUAAAAACAUCCUCCAUUUUCCAUUUACCGAUCCUUGACGCCUCAAAGCAUAAGGUUUUGGUAAAUAUAAACUGGUUUUUGUUCUUGUAUUCACUUCAUGUUGGCUUGGGAGCAAGGCAACUGUAAGCAGAGAUGAAGCCAAGCCAGCAGUGAAAGAAGUUCCAUACUUUUGAAGAAAAUUAACUUUUAUAAUUUGCAUUUAUUAUAUAAAGCAGGUAAUAUAAAAUUGGGUUUAGGUGAUUUUCUCCAACAUUACUGAAUGUAGACUUACUAAAGAAAUUUUUUACCUUGAUUUCUUUAAUUAGAAGGAUAUUUCAGUGUACUAAAAGCAAUUUUCAUUUUUGUGAUAAAUCUAUAUUGACAUGAAGUUAUUUUCGAUGAAUGUUGAAAAAAUGUUUUGA